GUAACCAAGCAAGCAAGCUCUAUCGAGGCUGUCACCGCCACGCCAUCCACGCACUACGAGAGGGGCAGGAGGGGGCAGUAGGCAUCUCCUGGAGAGAGGUAGGCAGCGAGGGAGGGAAGUAGCACGCACAUCUGCUCCAGGGAGAGGAAAGUAGCAUCACCCACCUCCCCAUCGCUCGGCACGAUGGUCUCCUCUCCUCCUCCCCUGCUCCUCCUCCUCUUCCUCCUCCUCCCCUCUCUUUGCUCCUCUGCGCCUGCUUUCCUGCGCUCCCCUCCUUCCCGUCUCGCUCAUCCCUCCUCCUUCGUUGCCCAGCAACCUGUCUGGUUCCGCCAGCGCCUUGAUCAUUUCUCCUCCCAGGACCGUCGCGAAUUCCAGCAGAGGUACUACGAAUUUUUGGACUACUUUAAGGACCCCAAUGCUCCCAUAUUUCUGCGCAUUUGUGGGGAAAGCACGUGCUCUGGCAUUCCAAAUGACUACCUUCUGGUGCUUGCGAAGAAGUUUGGAGCAGCUGUGGUAAGUUUGGAGCAUAGGUAUUACGGCGAAAGCUCCCCUUUUGAGGAACUUACAACUGACAAUCUGAAGUAUCUGUCUUCAAAGCAAGCACUUUUCGAUUUGGCUUCUUACCGCAAUUUCUACCAGGAAUCAAUCAACAAGAAGUUCAAUACAACAGAAAAAGAGAAUCCAUGGAUUGUAUUUGGGGUGUCAUAUCCGGGGGCCUUGAGUGCAUGGUUUCGUUUGAAAUUCCCGCAUCUAGUGCGGGGCAGUCUUUCAAGCUCAGGAGUCGUUCUUGCGGUCCACAAUUACACUGCAUUUGAUCAGCAGGUUGCAGCAUCAGCAGGACCAGCAUGCGCAAAUGCCCUUCGUGACGUGACUCAAGAGGUGGACAAAGCCUUGACCAGCAAUUCACAUAAAAUUAAGGCACUUUUUGGAGUGGAACAGUUGAAAAACGAUGGUGACUUUCGCUAUCUGCUUGCCGAUGCAGCUGCAGAAGCUUUUCAGUAUGGCAACCCCGACAUCCUUUGUUUGCCACUCGUAGCCGCAUAUAGCUCGGGCCAAAACGUUGUGGCUGCAUAUGCCGAAUUUGUGAAAUUAUUUUUCUUCGGAAUCUUUGGUGUAAAUCCUAUAAGCUACGACCAGGAGCAUUUGAAACUCACUAAAUCUGGACCAGAUACUGGUGAUCGUCAAUGGUGGUAUCAAGUAUGCACGGAAGUCGCAUAUUUUCAGGUUGCACCUUCUCAAAACAGCAUUCGCUCCCCUGGCGUAAAUGAAAAGUAUCACCUUGAUCUAUGUGCUAACGUGUUUGGGAAUGGUACAUAUCCAGAAGUUGAUAUCACUAACCUUUACUAUGGUGGGUCUGGAAUUACUGGUAUAGCACCUUUAAUAUCCACAACAUCAAAUAUCGUCUUCACAAACGGCUCCCAGGAUCCGUGGCGCCACGCUUCAAAGCAGAUUUCUUCUCCUGGUGAACCUGCAAUCAUCAUUACAUGUCAUAAUUGUGGACAUGGAGUGGAUUUGCGGGGUUGUCCUCAGUCGCCUCAUCAAAUAGAAGGUGAUGCCACCAAGUGCGCGAAGCCCAACGAGGUGCACAAAGCAAGGCAACAAAUUGCGGACUAUAUUCAGAAGUGGCUUAAGAAUGAAGACACGUCAUCCACCUUGUGAGGAAGGCAAUGAAGUUGAGCUCAUUAGAUUUUGUAAACAAGGUCCUCCCAGUCUUUGUUUUGGUGCUAAGAGCGCAAAGAAGACCAGGAAAAUUUUGGGAAUGAUGGUACGACCUAGACAUGCCCCAAGUUGAAUUCUGGCCCUAAUUGAUUCUCUUUAAGUUUUGAAAUUGAAAGUUGACACAUAACAUACUUUUGUUGAUAAAACCCCAUGCAAAUAUUGUAUAGUAAACAUAAUAAUAAUUGGUAUUUGUAUGGCUUGAUUAUGGUACUUAAAUAAAAAUUUGGUUAUUGACUCACA